UGUGGUUUUGCCGUGCAUUACCCUCCUGUUUUCCUUUUAAUCGGUGUCCCCUCGCAGAGUCCCCAUAUUCUCGAAUUUCCCGACGUACGCACCUGUGAUUGGAUGAGGAAAAUCACAGCAUUCGAACUAAAGGAUUGCGAUGGAUGCCUCGGUAGUGAUAAUGCGAGAGCAACCAUCGCCUUUCUCCGCGAGCUCCCUCACUUACGCCAAUUGUUUAUGGAACUGACGGAUCUCCCUCUCGUUGACUGUAUCGUCACGAGCCUGGUGUUUUCACCUACCAAAGAUGAUAAUAUUGCUCCGCAGUUGCGUGCGUUGGCUAUGAGAAAGCUUCCCACUCUUUUUGACGGUGGCAGUCUGGUGACUGUCGUGGCAUCUCGUCGAGGCAUAAACACCAGGUCCACCUCCAAGGAGUAUCGCUCAUGUUCAUGUUUGGAGGAAGUGCAGCUCGGGCGUCCUCUAAGCGUAUCUGAUUCCGCCUUGGCGAGUCAAUGGGAGAGUUUGUGCAACAAUGGUUUAAAAGUGACAUAUGAAUAACAAUGCAAUGAAGGCAGUUUGGCAUCUCCUAUGAUGUUCGACGGAAGGAAACGUUCUUGGGAAGUUGAGCAUGGAUAGAUGGGUGGC